AGAAACGCUUUCGUACACGGACGACACGGCCAUGAGCAGGUCGGUGGUGCAGUCCCUGCUUGCCAAGCGAGAGUUCGAUGAGGUCGAUAUGGCCAAGAGGUUUGCGGAGGAGUACAAGAAGGAGCCCAACAGGGGCUAUGGGAUGGCUGUCGUCAACGUCUUCAAGAAGCUGCUGAGCCCCAAGUGCAGCGACGUGUUCGAGCCAGCCAGAGCCCAGUUCAACGGGAAGGGCUCCUACGGCAACGGCGGAGCCAUGCGGGUGGCAGGCGUCCCCCUGGUGUACUCUGACGUCCAGGAUGUUAAGAAGUUUGCGAAGCUGAGCGCCGAGCUGACCCACGCCAACUCCCUGGGCUACAACGGGGCCGUUCUGCAGGCCCUGGCCGUGCACCUGGCCCUGCAGGGAGAGCUCAGCAAGGAAACCUUCCUGGAGCAGCUCAUCAGCCACAUGGAGGAUGUGGAGGCAGACGACAAGUCUCUCACUGACGCCCGAGCGCUGGGAUUUGAGGAUUUGCCAUUUUCAAGGCGCCUAAAGAAAAUAAAGGAAUUUUUGGAGCUCAGCAGCGUUCCCAAAGCAGAUGUGUUGUUUGAGUUGGGCAACGGCAUCGCCGCUUUGCGGUCUGUCCCUACGGCGAUUUACUCCUUCUUGCGCUGUAUGGAAGCUGACCCCGACAUCCCCGCUCACUACAACAACCUGCAGAGGACCAUCAUCUACUGCAUCUCUCUGGGGGGAGACACAGACACCAUUGCCACCAUGGCAGGAGCCAUCGCGGGGGCUUAUUACGGGGAGGAGCAGAUACCCCCGAGCUGGGAGCAGAGCUGCGAGGCGUUCCAGGAGACGCAGAAGCUGGCAAGCAGCUUGUACGAGCUCUACUGCCAGCGGCUCUGA